AUGUCGCAGUCGCAACCUUCUUCUCAACAAUCUUUCACAAUGAGCCAACCAAGCCAGUCUUUUCGACAUUACCCCGACCCCAAUGCCAGGUUAGGGAAUGGGAAUGGGAAUGGAUAUGUUCCUGGUCAUGAUGCACCUCAAAUAUACUCGGCUGUCUAUUCUGGCGUGGACGUAUACGAGAUGGAGGUAAACGGAGUAGCUGUCAUGCGCCGCCGUCAUGACAGUUGGCUAAAUGCCACCCAGAUUCUCAAAGUCGCCAAUAUUGAUAAGGGGAAACGAACCAAAAUUCUCGAGAAAGAGAUUCAAACCGGUGACCAUGAAAAGGUGCAAGGUGGCUAUGGCAAAUAUCAGGGCACGUGGAUCAUGUUCGAGCGAGGUGUCGAGGUGUGCCGGCAAUAUGGCGUCGAAGAAAUGUUACGCCCUCUUCUUACCUACGAUAUGGGCCAAGACGGUGGCAUCGCUGGCAGAGGUGACUUCAACACUCCUACUAAGGAACAAGCCAUGGCUGCGCAAAGAAAACGCAUGUAUAGUGCCACCACCGAGGCCCGUAUCAACGGCGUGACUGGCACCUUUUUCAAGAAUAUCUCCAGUACGGCUUCUACAGCUGUCGCUGCCAUUAGCAAAGCCCGCUUCGAUUCGCCCGGCCCCAGAGGCCGUAAUGGACCAACCAGACCCCCUAGCUUUAGUCGGCAGUCCUCGAUGCAAAAUGCUGAUGACUUCCCCGGGAAUUCGCAACAGAGCAUCACCUCUGACUAUGGCCAAAAUGUCGAUUCGGCAUACUCAACUCAAAACACGCAAAUUUUUGGCGAUGAACCCCCACGUAAACGUCAACGAGUCGCACCUACAGACAACUUCGGCUACGCAUCUCAGUCCAUGGAGAUGUACGCCAAUAAUUACCCGGGCUCCCCUACGGAACCUAACGAAUCAUUUGUGUACAACCAAGCCGGCAUCAAUAUCCAUGAAGCUACCCCCCUCCCGCCGCAACCGUACGAGCUGUCCCCGGAGGCUGAUCGGAAACGCAAUCUACUGAUGGGACUUUUUCUCGAUCCUACCGCCGACGUAUCCGAUUAUUCCCAGAACGAAGCUCUCCAGACAUUGUCACCUGAAGACCUUGACACGCCGAUAGACCCAGCAAGUCAUACUGCUCUUCACUGGGCCGCUACUUUGGCUCGAGUGCCCCUCCUACGGGCCUUAAUAGCAGCUGGCGCCAACCCAUAUCGAGUCAACGCAUCGGGCGAAACAGCCUUGAUGAGAGCCUCGGCAGUAACCAACAAUUCCGAUCAAACCUCGUUCCCAGAAUUGCUCGAUGUCUUGGGGAACACGAUCGACGUUCGAGAUAACAAAGGUCGAACAGUCUUGCAUCAUAUAGCUCUUACAAGUGCGGUAAAGGGCAGAAGUGUUUCCAGUAGAUACUACCUCGAGAGCCUUCUUGAAUGGGUUGUGAGACAAGGAAGCGCACCCAGUAGUCAGAAUACAGUUGCCAAUGGUAGUGCAAGUCAGCCAAAGAUGGGCAUUGGUCGAUUUAUGAGCGAGAUUGUCAACGCUCAAGAUAAGUCUGGGGAUACCGCCCUAAAUAUUGCGGCCCGAAUCGGCAACAGAAGCAUAAUCUCGCAACUGCUUGAAGUGAAUGCUGACCCUAGCAUUGCCAACAAAGCAGGUCUAAGACCAAUCGAUUUUGGAGUGGGCGGCGAGGGCGCCGGUGAAGAUGGAGUCAACGGCGACUUAAUGGUCAUAGACAAGACUAACAUUGUCGGCAACUACCAGAAAACCCGAGAGAGCAGUGCAGAAAUUAUCACUUCUAUAACACAUCUCCUGAGUGAGACAUCUACCAGCUUUCACUCGGAAUUGAGAAAGAAACAACACGAGGUCGACACACUCCAUGCCAAUUUGCGGACGUCGUCUUCACAAUUGGGUGAUGCACGACGUCAACUUGAGACGUUGCAAGGGGCGGCCAAAGCACAGUCCCUAGCACGCCAGAAAAUUAGCAACCUUAGUAGGGGUUGCGGCGAAGAGCAGAAAAGGAUCAUGCAGCUUGAACAACUCUAUGGCCGUUUAGACAGCAGUAGUUUUUGGGAGAAGGAUCUUGAUACGGCAUUAGAACACGCAGGAGGGGGACAAGCAAAUAUGGGUCUUUUACCCAGUUCCGCAGUCCUCCGUGCUCGAAUACAAUCUCUCGGAAACAGGACAGAUGUUAUGAGAAAGAGCGUAGGUUCGCUCAAGGGGCGUAGCAAAGACGUGGAGAUGAAGUACCGACGAGUGGUGGCACUCUGCACCGGGGUGCCAGAGAGUGAAGUUGACGUGGUGGUAGAUGGCUUAGUACGUGCGGUGGAGAGCGAAAAGGGUGAGUUGGAAAUCGGACGUGUGCGACGGUUUCUCGGCGGUGUCGAUGGCGUGCAGUGA